AUGGAUGAAUACACAAAUAAUUGUGAUGUUAAUGAAAAGAUCAUACCUUUUUUUAAUUACAUAUCUGAAGUAUCAGAAAAAUGUACAUGUAAUGAAGAAAAGAAUGUUUACUUGUAUGGAACAUAUAAUGGUUGCACUAGCAAAAGUUUUAUAGAAGAGAAUAUCAUUGUUGAUACAUGUAAUAUUUAUGAAAGGCUAUAUUGUGGAAGCCGCUUUUUUGAACUAAUCAUAUUAAAAAGUGAAAAAGUGAAUAUCGAAAAAAUAACAUUUGAUGAUAAAAAAAAAGAUAUCUUUUGUUUAUUUGAAGGAGAGAAAAUAUAUGAAAUUUGUAGCAUAUUACAAGAAAUUGCUGUUUUUCUAAAAAAUGAUAAAAAAAAAAAAGAAAAAAUUAUUUUAUCCUUUAUAGAAUAUAAUAAUAAAGAUGAAGUCAAUACAUAUAAUAUUCAUAUAUUAGAUAUAUAUAUAUAUUUAUAUUUAAGAAAUUAUUUAAAACAAACAUGCAGUAUAGAGGAUGAAAAUUAUAAUAUAUUAUAUUUUUAUAAUGAAAAAGAAAGAAUUCUUAAUAUAGAAAAAUAUAACUAUGAUAUAAAUCACUUUGAUAUAAGAAAUUGGCUCUUCAACAAUAUGUCUUUUUUUCUACCAUCUAAAAGGAUAGAAGACAAAUCUGAUGAUAAAAUUAAUAAUAAUAAAAUUAAUAAUAAUAAUAAUAAUAAUAAUAACAACCUUUUGACUGUCGAUAAAUAUUUAAACGUGCAAAACAAAUCCAAGAAUUUAUCGCAAUCACAUAAUUUAUCCUUAUUCAGAUUAAAUUCAAUGGUAGAUAAUCAAACGAACAAUUUAUCUUCAAAAAUAUCCAUUAAUAAAAAAUUACCAAAUAUAUUAAUUAAUGAAAAUGAUAAUAAAAAUUAUAUUUGUAAUGAAGAAAAUUGUAUAUCAUCCAUUAUUAAUUCUUCAACAAAUAUUGAAAAAGAAAAUGCUAUAUGCUAUUAUUUAAAAUGUUGUACAUAUGAAAAUGUAAACGUAUUUACAUUACACCAGAAACAAAUUUAUGAUAAUAAUUUUAACAUAUAUAAAAAAUUUAUUGGACAUAAUAAUAUUCCACUUAUUCAAUAUAUUAUUGAUAUACCCAAAGAAUUAAUAUUAGACAACUCUCCUUUUAUAUUUACAAAUAAGAAAUUAAAAUAUUUAGACACUAAUAUUCUUAAUGAUCAAUGUUCAGGAAAUAUUACACCAAAUACAUUAUCUUCAUAUAAUUUUUAUUAUGUUAUAAAAAUUCAAGAUGAAAAUAAAGAAAAAGUCAAAACAGAUCAAGUUAUACAAAAUAUUGAUAAUAAUUUAAUAUAUAUUCAUAAAUUAUUAAAAAAAAAUAAUAAUAAUAAUAAUAUCAUAAGUAUUGUUACACAAAAUUUUCAUGUUACUUAUGUUUUCACAGUAUUAAAGUUUAAUUUGCAAAAGAAAAAAAAAUUAUGA